CCAGCUGACAGGGCUGACAGAUACUUUCUUUAUCAAACAAGUACAACCACAGCAGACCCCCACUGUGAGUACAACAAGUACUAUCCACUAAAAUAAAUUCAUAGGAUCCGAAAAGGCAGACCGAUGAAAAAAUGGAUAGCAGAUUUAUACCUAUAUAAAUUGUUCGCAACAAGAACUACAAUUUUAGAUUAAAGUGGAUAAAAUAAUCGAGCCCUGCCUGCAUAAAAUUUGGAUCACCCACCAAAAACUCCAUUAAAAAAAUAGAUUCACGAAUACUCCUACAAACACAAAACUGUGUCUACAGCUACAGAAUUGUAACAACUAAAAAGAAGAAAAAUAUCAGCUGAUCUAAAAUGACAGUGACAGUCAGUAUUUUGUAUUGUUGGUCAACUGGAAGAAAGUGUUAAAAUGGCUUCUGCAAAUUAUGAAACUACAGAGGGAAAUAUAAAACAACCAAACAUAUACGAUACCAUCUAAAAAGUACAAUUAAUUGUGAAAAUCAAAGAUAUUAUUCAUAAUUUUAAUAUAAUUGCUAGUGUUUGGUGGUGCUACUUGGAAAAGUUGUUUUAUCAAAAUGGCGACAAUGAUGUAUCCAAGUCUAACAAAAUCUCAGAGUAUGAGAACCAAACGAAAAUCUGCUGUAGAGCUUUUAGCGGAGAGUAAGCCAUUUUAUGUGAAAUCUGAAGUUGUAAGGGAUACCACACAGGUUCUUCCUUUAAGGCCUAAUUCUAAUACAAGUACUUACGGUACAUACACCCGCAGUAAAUCCGUUAACGUGGCUGGCCAUGGCUCAAACUAUAGACCUACAACUCUUCCGCCCUAUAUGGCUGUUUCUCCAUCAAGAUCUCUUCCUCCACUAACGCAUCGCCGUUCUUUACAUUCAACAGCGAAUACCGAUUUAUUACAAAAUCGGUUACGUCAAUUACUUGUGUGUGACAGUGCUGAAGAAUUGCGAGUUGACCAGAUGGCGCCUCUUAGUCCCCCUGCAGAGUACGCACAGCGAUGUCACAAAAGCCUUCCCGAUUUGCACUGCCGCGAACCCAGCUCGAAUAAAAGUAGCAACAAAAGUCUAUCGAAUAGGGAUAGCGGAGGAUCGAGUGGACAUUAUACUCAAAGAAGUGAACCACCACCGCCACCUCGACAGGAAGUCCGACGUGAUUCCGGUUCAAGCACGCAGCACAGCGGCGGUAGCUCGUACUAUUGUUGCCAAGAAGCAGAAUGUAGAGCGGCACGACAUGCAUAUCCUUCCCAAUUGUCCCCCGGACUACCCCAACCACCAGCUACUUUCAAACGUCAAAAAUGUUUGCGUUACAAACGAGAUCGGCCUAUCUUAAGGUCGAAAUCGGAUAUCAGCGAUCGCUACCGAAGAUCUUCCGAACCCCCACAACUUCAGCACUUCUUCGAACAUCUGGGACUUUCUGGAGAUACCUACGAAGAAAUGUUGAACCGCAGUGAUUCGACUGAUAGUCCAGUUUUCUUCUCGGACGUAUCGACCGUUGACUCAAGCAGGCCCAUCGAUAACGUAGAAUAUUGCCCUUCUGCUUACAGAUCAGGAGAUCCCCCAUCGAUCGUAGAAAGGAACGCACGAAUCAUAAAAUGGCUGUGUAAUUGUCGAAAGGUGCAAUUGUCUUGAGGUUUGGACGACGGCGACGAUUACUAUGUUUAACGUCGUCGCCGUUCGCUUUUUGUUUAUAUUUUACUGUUUUGUUUGUGGAGUUUUUCUCGAAAUAAUAUUUUAAUCAAUAUGAUAAUAUUUGGGUUUUGUGAGUGAUGUUUACUAAUCUGUAAGUGGUGAACAUAAUCAACUAAUACAUACAUUGUAACUGGUAGCAUAUCAAAGAAUAUGCUACUUAACUACUUGUGUUCUACCGAGAGUUCAGGGUCGUUGCUCAAUAUCUUGAGUUGUGAUCAUUCAAUAACUAUGAGAGUAUGCUGCAAAGACAAAUACAGAGUGUGGCAAUAGUGCGA